AUGAGAAACAAAGACGGCAUAGGUGCUCUGUGGUACGGUGUGGAGAAAGGGACAUUUGCGGUCGUGAACCGGCUCCUUCAACACUCUCGUGUUAAGAUCGAUCUUCCAAAUUGUCAGGGCCAAACAGUGUUCUGGCUUGCUGUCUACCGAGGCAACAGAGAACUGGCAAGCCUACUACUCUCAAGAGGCGCCAACCCCGAUAUCAAAGACCUCGACGGAUUCUCGCCAUGGAUCGAGGCAUGCAUCAGCAAUAAGAACUCCAUCAAAGAUCUGCUCCUAGAUCACAUGAAAGCUGUGUCCCCUGAGAUGUUUUCGAAGGAUAACAAGGCCAAGUUCAGCGACGAACAAAGCGGUGAGUACUUUGCUAGUCAGUGGAACGUGGAUGAGGUUUGCCUAUACCAAGAAAGAUGCCGCGAGCGAUCUCCUCAGAUGGAGAUGCAAGUUGCCUCCAAUUCCUGCACCAUCCGCCGCAGAACGAACAUUCCCGAUCGUAUUGUAUCGCCAGCCAGCUGA